UUGAGGAAAUCUUGACUGUGACUUUGAUUGGUCCAUGACUCAAAGCGUACCAGGUGGAUGACACGUGCCUCACAAGAUUUCCCAUAUUUUUCGCUUAUAUUCGUUCUUUCUCUAGAUCUUUCACCGUCCCUUCUCCUCUGAGUUUUCUGCUGCCGCCCGCAGUUCCUCGUGGGAACCCUCACCGGAUUCUAGUCGGAUCUCCGAUCUAUAUCGUCGGGAUCUUCAUCGAACCAACAACUUUCUAUUUACUCGAAAGAAAUGUAUAAUAACAUGGGAGCCCAGCCUGGGGUGCCAAUGCAGCCUACAAAUCCUCAGCCAACUCCUUUUGGUAAUCCAUUUUAUGGUGCUGGUUCUGGUCUUAUCCGAGGUGGUCUAGGUGCGUAUGGAGAGAAAAUUUUGGGAUCAAGUUCCGAGUACGUGCAAAGCAAUAUAAGUAGAUACUUUUCUGAUCCUCAAUACUACUUUCAAGUGAAUGAUCAGUACGUGAGAAAUAAAUUGAAGGUUGUUUUACUGCCAUUCCUACACAGGGGCCAUUGGACAAGAAUAACUGAGCCAGUCGGUGGCAGACUUUCCUACAAACCCCCGAUUUUUGACAUAAAUGCACCAGAUUUAUACAUCCCAUUUAUGGCAUUUGGUACCUACGUUGUUCUUGCUGGAUUAUCACUGGGUUUUCAAGGGAAGUUCAGCCCUGAAGCACUCAACUGGCUGUUUGCCAAGGGAUUGUUCGGCUGGUUUCUGCAAGUCAUGCUGCUGAAAGUAACGCUGCUCUCAUUAGGCAGCGGCGAGGCACCUUUACUCGACAUUCUGGCAUACGCCGGGUACACAUUCACGGGGAUGUGUCUGGCCAUCCUCGGAAGGAUCGUAUGGAGAUACUCGUACUACUUUCUGAUGCCAUGGACGUGCUUAUGCAUGGGGGUCUUCCUGGUGAAGACGAUGAAGAGAGUCCUCUUCGCCGAGGUUAGAAGUUACGAUUCUAGCAAGCAUCACUACCUUUUGCUGCUCAUCGCCCUGGCUCAGUUCCCGCUUUUCACAUGGCUCGGCAAUAUCAGUGUCAACUGGCUCUUCUAAAACCCUUGUCUAAAUUGUGUGCUUGUACCAGCCUUUUGACUGUGAUUUUAGUCCAUUUUUACCAUAGAGAAUUCCCUCUCUCUGUUUAGAUUCUUUUGUAUAAAAACCAAUGUCCAUGUUCAGUGAGAAAUCUAAAAUUAGUUCUGUUUGAACUAUCUGUGUUUGUAAGCUCAAAAAUUAGAGUUUCUAUGGAGUUUAAUUGAUGAAAAACCUGAAAAUUUACCGUCAGUAUAUAAGGUUAUGUUUUCGUCA